CGGAACUUGGCGGACACUCCCGAUUCGGAGUCAUUUGUUUUUGUUUUCUGCAGAGAGCGGCGAUGAAGGAUAAUUUUGGACAGAAAAUCGAGUGACCGAGAUUGACCUGAAGCCACACUGUGACUUGAGGACAGCGAGUGCAGUCUCUUUGUCCGGCGCUGAGUCGACUAGAGGGGUAUUAUGGACUUCAUGUUCGACUGGGAUGGAGAAGCUGAUCGGUUUUCCUUUGAAGAUAGUGAUCGGUUCGAUGACGACUCGUGCUCAUGGCUGAGCGAACCGGAGAGUCUGUGUAACAACUGGAGAGGCUGGAAGAAACAAAAUGGUGGUCAGAUUCAAGGCGGAGCAGAAGGAGAGAAAGUGUGUUCAUUGGUGGAGUUAGCUUCCAAAGGAGUUGCUUGUCACAUUCCCUUUGAGGUAGUGGAGCACUUUUACCCACCCAUUCCAGAGCAAUUGCAAUUGCGUAUUGCCUUUUGGAGCUUCCCAGAAAAUGAAGAAGAUAUAAGGCUGUAUUCCUGCCUUGCUAAUGGCAGUGCAGACGAGUUUCAAAAGGGAGAUCAUCUUUAUAAGGCCAAAGCAGUAAAAGAUGCACUUCAAAUAGGGUUUCAUUUGAGUGCCACAGUUAUUCCCCCUCAAAGUGUUGGCCAGACCAAGGGCUCCUUCAAUGUGGCUGUAAUGUUUGACCGUAGGAGGAUAACAUCCUGUAACUGUACUUGUAACAGCACUGCAUCAUGGUGUGCCCAUGUGGUAGCCUUGUGUCUCUUUAGAAUACAUCAGGCCACAUCAGUGUGUCUGAGGGCUCCAGUGUCAGAGUCUUUAUCACGCUUACAGAGAGAUCAGUUGCAGAAAUUUGCUCAGUAUCUUAUUAGCGAGUUACCUCAACAGAUCCUCCCAACAGCUCAGAGACUUCUUGAUGAACUCCUGUCAUCACAGCAGAAUGCGAUCAACACUGUGUAUGGAGCACCAGAUCCCACAGCAGGCCCUUCAGCAAGUGAACAUACUGCUUGGUGUCUAGAUGAGACAACUCUGCGACAAAAUAUAAGAAAAACAUUGGCCAAGUUCAGUUUGACUACCAACAUGGUGUAUAGUGAUGUUAAUUAUCUGUCAUCUACUGCACCCCCUGCUGCAGCCGAGUACCAGAGUCUCCUGAGACCUCUGCGUGGGCGUGAGCCAGAGGGCAUGUGGAACCUGCUCUCCAUUGUAAGAGAAAUGCUGCGCAGGCAUGACAGUAAUGCUGUUCCUUUACUCGAGAUCUUGACUGAGGAGGUCCUUGCCUGUGAGAAUAUACUGGCCUGGUGGUUUAGCACCAAGAUAUCAGCCUCUCACAACAGCAGCAGUGGGCACAACAACCGUGGCGCUGGUGCUUCCAGCUCUUCACAGCAUGCAGGCUCCAGUCUGUGCGAUGAGAUCGUAGCUCUGUGGAGAAUGGCUGCACUGAACCCGAAGUUGUCUUCCAUUCAGAGGGAUGACUUCAACAUUAAGUUCAAGGACUGGCACAUAAAAACAAUUGAUAAAGUGAGGAAAACAAGAGGGAAUAGUGCAGCUGCUGGAACAGUUGGUCCGUCGGUCAUCAACUCAGGUGCUAUAAAAAAGAAUGACAUUGAAAUCUUCUCAGGGUUCAAGCCAGCCAUUGAAGCUUGUCAGUUGGAUUGGACAGAUUACCACAUUGCAGGGGUCACCUAUGUGGAGAAAGACAUAAUGCACUCGAUGUGUUUGCAGCGUUCAAUCACCACUGGUGGUGCUAGUAGUAAUAUAAGUAGUGCAGGUAUUCACAGCGAUCAGGUAACAAGGUUAGCAGUUGAUACACAACAUACUUCACAUUCUCUCCACCAUCAAACUGUGGAGAAAUCCUCAUCUCAGGGUAAAGCAGUGGUAACAACCACUGACUUCUUUACUGGUCAUGUCAAAGCUGACAGGGCUGGAAGUUCAAGCUCAGAGGGGUUCAGUGAAAAUCUAAAAACUGACCUCUUGCUCAAUGGCCGUGACUCGGAUUCCAGUCUUCCAGACGAGACUGCCACAGCCAGCAUACGGAAUGGUAUGCAUAGUCUCUGCGUGGAUGCAGGAGCUGCAAAGGAUGGCUGUUCUUCUGUAAAUGUAAAUGCCAUUGAUAGGAUCAGAGCAGAUGACAUUGACUCUGAUGGUUCUGGGCCUGGCCCAUCAACUUUUAAAGUGAAUGACACCAACCCUGAGCACCCACUAGUUGAGGGUGCACAGGCUCUGGAUGUGUACCAGUCUGAAUCGCAACAGUCCAGUGACGAGUAUCAGAUGUACUUCUAUGAUCCUAAAUCUAGAUUUCAAGACUUUGGGAAGAAAGACAAGAAAUCUGAUGAACCAAAUUACUUUGCUGGUAUUAGGAAAAUGGACAAUCAGCAAGAGAUUUUAUUCUGCAGAGCUGAAGCUCUGUAUGCUCAUGGCCAUAGCUUUGCAUGUAAAUUAGCAAAGCAGUUGGCUGAGAAAAUGUUGGCCAACCCACCUGAUGUUUGUGGGGAACAAAGUCAACAAAAUGGUAAAGGUAAAAAGAAGAAGCACCAGAACAACACAAGCUCCUUUGCCAGCACCACCUUGGCUAAGGCAGCCUUUCUGUGUAGUGUUCUCCUAGAGGACCCAGAGUGCCACCACCUGGCCUUCAAGGUGGGCAUGUUUGGACUGGAAAUGCCCAGGCAACCUGCUGCCAGCAAGGCACUAGAGGUGAAAUUGGCCAACCAAGAGUCUGAACUUGUGACCUUAUUGAAGAAGAUCCCCCUUGGUCCAGCAGAGCUGAAUGUGAUCAGGGAUAGAGCCGAGCAGCUCAGGGAUGGGAAACUCAGAUCAAGGGGAGAGGCCUUGUUGCCUCUCAUGUUGGCUAGCUUUAUCUUUGAUUCACUUUGUUUACCAGUUAUACCUGUGAAUGGAGCCAACACCAGCAGUCGACCUGCUUCAGGGAAUGGGCCAAUGCGCUUGCCUACUGAUGAAAAAUUGGGCUUUGAAGCAGCAACAGCAGCACUUGGACUAAAAGCAAACAUCUCCGAGGCUGAGCAUCCCCUGCUAUGUGAAUGUACCAGAAGACAGAGAGGGGACCUGGCCAUAGCCAUGCUGGUCCACUAUAAGGAUGACCCAAUUAAAUUGUCCAAAAUCAUGGACAAGAUAUUGGAUCGUGAGAUCCAUCAGCACUAUAAGGCUCCCCCUCUUCACACCUACCUCACCAAGUCUAACCAGCGCAGUGGAUCUGGGGCAGGCAGUGGUCACCCCAGUAGUAGUGGGGGCACUAGUAGUGUCCACUGUCCACAACCUCCUGGGGGAGAGCCUAUGGGUCAUUUUGUGGAUGACCAGGGAAGAUCAUCUUCAUCGGGAAGAGGGAAUGGUGAUGCUGCAGCAGCUUUGGCUAAUGGAGGAGAUCCCAGUUCCCAUGCUAGCACCAGUGGCAACUGGUCUAGCCUGCCCAUGUCUUCAGGCUCCCAGAGACUGGACUAUCUCAACCUGGAACAUACCCCACACACUGGGCAGAAUGGGACACAGGUUAAGGGGGGUCUGGUUAGAAACUAUAAAAGUGGUGGAAUGGAUGAUGAUAGCUCUGCCCUUGAAGAAGAUGAGUACAACUGUAAAGAUUGGGAAGCUAAGUUCAGGAGUUCUAUACUGAAAACAAACAAGAAACCAUCUGCAGGUAUGGCCAGUAUUGAUAGCAGUGCUCCAGAGACCACGUCCAGUGACAACUCCCCAACCCUGGUGCGUCGUAACUGGGGCAAGCACCAGGGACCUGGGAGUGACAGUGGCAGCAGCGGGAAGAGUUCAGAUUCCAUAGGCUCCAGCAGUUCAGGGGACAAGGGAAGGGCAAAACUUAGAGAUAACGAGAGCCCUCCUCUGAUGUAUACCAGAGCUGGGCCCAGCAUGCUGGUGGAUUCCCGAGGACUGUCACCUAGUAUUAAAGGAAGAUAUAAAGGCAAGAACAGGGUGGUCCCAACCCUUCCCAACCAGCCCAGUGAGGCAUCUGCACACUUCAUGAAUGAGCUGGCCAAGACAGUUCUGGCCAAGGCAGGAGGCACCAGCUCCACUUCAUUGUUUACUCAACCCAACAACAACAACCCUACUGGACCUCAUAGGGCACUCCACAUCUGUGCAUUCCAGAUAGGGCUGUAUGCUCUGGGGCUGCACAACUGUGUGUCUCCUAACUGGCUGUCCAGAACAUACUCCUCACACGUGUCCUGGAUUACAGGUCAAGCCAUGGAAGUGGGCAGUGUUGCUAUUCAGAUUUUGAUUGACACCUGGGAAGGUCACCUGACACCGCCAGAGUGUGCCUUAUUGGCUGAUAAAGCAUCAAGGGGCCGAGACCCGAACAUGGUCCGCGCUGCUGCAGAGCUGGCUCUGUCCUGUCUCCCACAUGCUCAUGCAUUAAAUCCGUCUGAGAUUCAACGUGCUUUGAUACAAUGCAAAGAACAAAGCAGAGAAAAACUAGAAAAGGCAUGCAAUGCUGUAGAGCUUGCGGCAAAAGAUGGCGGUGUUUACCCAGAGGUAUUAUUUGAUGUUGCCCGUAGGUGGUAUGAAUUGUAUGAAGAAGCAGUACAGGAGGCGUGCACUGCUCUGCCUAUUACAGAGGCAUCUGUGGUUGCAGCAGAGGAGAAUGCAAUGGUUGCAGUACAGUGCAACCCAGCACAGAACAUAGAAAGGACUAGUCCACCUAUUCCAGUCCAGGUUGUUGCAUUGAGCCAGGCUGGAGCCAUGGCUCAGGUACCAGUAACUUUACCAUUACAUUUACACUACACUAUAUCAUCAGCCACUAGUCCUCAUCCUCACCUGGCUCAUCAACAUCACACAUAUGUACCUUAUGUACAUCAAGUCCAUCCACAUCCAGGGUUCCAUCAUCACUAUACUCAAGCCCAUGUUCCCAUUCACGCCCAUACUAUGCAUCCUGGCUAUCUAGCGGCAUAUGGCUAUCAGAAUCAGCAAGCACCUCCAUAUGCAGGGCUGGCUCACAUACAAAAUCUCCAGCCCAGCUCAACUGCAGUAUACACUGUGCAGUCAUCUACAGGGAACCACCAGGUACAGUAUGCUACCAACCAGGUGGUGCACGCGGUCCACACCAGACCAAACCAAAUCCAUCCGGUCCAAUCUGUGGACACGUCUCAGUAUUUGCCGACCACAAUGACAACCAGUGGCCUGGCUGCUGUAUCUCAACAACAGCAACAGCCACCCACGUCAGCAGCCAUGCAGCACAACUCCACACAGAUGAACUAUUCUUUGGUGGCUGCAUACAGAGUGGGCAUGCUAGCCAUGGAGACACUAGGGAGGCGUGUACAUGAUGAUCGUCCACAGACUAAGUAUGCAAGGAGUCCUCCAUAUGGGGAAGAUGUCAAAUGGUUGCUGCAACUGGCCAUCAAAUUAGGUACCAGCCACCUCCAGCAGUUCUGUGCUACCACUGUUAAUGCCGUGGUCAGUCCAUUUGUCCUGCAGGACAUAGCCCUGGAAGCAGCCCACUAUCUGGCCAGAAACAACCCAACUCAAGUGUCAGCUCAGCUGCGCUCUCCAGUUCUUAAUUCUCUGGUUCAGAAGUGCCUACAAAUGUUUAUUCAGUGUGCUCAUCAACGUUUGCACCACAUUACACCAAAUGACUAUGAUGAAUUUGUCAGCAUCAUCUGCAUAGCAAGGAAUGCUUUCUGUAUGUCUCCCGGGGGGAUGGUACAGUUUAACGAGCUGUUACAGAGCCUACGCCGUGCAAAGUCAUGCAAGAAAGAACUGUGGCAACGAAUUGUAAGUGGAUUAGCCACUGGUACAAUCCAAUAAGGAGAUUAGACUGUAGAAAAAUCAGAUACAGUAUUAUAUGUUAUAGGUUUAAAGAAUAACUUUGGUAAAAGUGGAAAGUAUGGGUAUUUUUCAUACCAUUUAUUCAUUUAAUGUAUUCACAACUGAACAUCUUGAAAUAGAGGUUGCACUCUUGGGAUGAAUUAAAUCAGAGUAAGAUAAACUACCUCUUUUUAAAAACAAUUAUUUGUUCCUUAAUCUAGGGGAAGAUGGAUCUAUUUUAAAGUAUUUUUAUUUCAAUUUAUUUAAUUAUUUAUAAUCAUCAUCAUUAUUAUUGUUAUUAUUAUUAUUAUCAAUUUUAUAUUUUUUUAGAUAAUAGAAAUUUUUAUUUAUGAUCCUUUCUCACAUAUAGAUGUCACCAGGUGAUCAUCCCUACACCAGUGGUUGAUACCACCAGAAGUCAGAUUUAAUUAAUAGUGUCUCACUUGCCGUUAGUUUUUUCUUGUGCAUAAUUAUCAGCACAAAGAUUUUUUUCUUACGGGCAACAAAUGUUAUCUUUUCUUUAAAGAAAGGGACUAAGGCAUACAGAUAUUUGUUAGAAGAGAUUUUGAGCUGAGAUGAACGUCAUGAGUGAAAAAAAAAAAAAGACUGAGUGAUUGUGUUCCAGCAUGUGUAUUCAUGAAGUCAAAACCUUCAUUUUAGUUUUGAUUUUUGUUUAACAUAAGAUAUUCAUAUUCAUUGUUUAAGCACAAAAAUGGCCAAAAUAAUGGCUAGAUCAUUGAAGCAUGGUGAACAUUGAUUGAUUUAGUUAAAGUGCAGUGUUUGGGAAGCGUGUUAUUUUGUGGUAUAUUGUCUGUUGAAGGAGAUUUUUUGUGUUUUUCUUUAAAAGGGUAAGUUGUCUUGUAUAUAAAUGGCUCUUUUCUGUAAAAUCACACACUUAAAAAAACAAAAUGCACGAAAAACUGUAACAUCCAUUUUAUUUUAUUUUAUUUUAAAUUAGAUUCUCCUUCAAAAAUGAGAAGAGAGGUUUUGAUGGUGUAAAAAAAUUUAAGGCAACAUGCAUGGCUAACUUAUCUGAGAAAAUAAUUCUAACAACAAGAAACACAAGUAUUUAGGACCACCUACUGUUUGUAUUAUUGAAGUUUAAAGUGUUGGAUAUGCAUAGAAAAUGUUUUUAUUGGUAUUCUCCCCUCCGAAAUUGAAAUUCAUUGAAGAAUGAUUUAGAUAUUCAAACCUAUUGGAAAUCGUAAGGUAAUGUGCUUGAAUUUUUUGUUGUCCAUAUUGAUAAUCUAUAUGUUUAUAUGAUGAGAUUUAUUGAUUUUGGGUAUGAAAUGAGUACAAGAAAGAGUAGGCAGCACAUCUGUAUAGAACUACAUGCAUCUAGCUUCUAUAUAGUUAAGCCAGAUUAUCCUUUGGUAACACACGGCUGAGAUAUCCAAAUUUAAUUUCAUCUGUAGUAAGUCUUGUAACAUAAUCCCUGAAAGUAGUUAUGUAUGAAUGACGUCAUUGUGUCCUUGUUAUUAUAUACAUAUAUAUUUAUUAUUAUUUGUGUGAUAUUCUGUGUUCUGAACAUCAGUAAAAAAUUGAAUCCAAGCAGAAGACCUGGCUUAAUUCAUUGAAUAAACACCUUUGCCAUGUCUUAAA